GUUUAAGGUUCGCGUAUUUUACCCGGCACCCAAUCCAUCCUCCAAGCCACUAAGCCGUGUAACAGCCCAAGCGAGCGACCCCACAAAACACCACCUCUAUGUAAGCUCCCCCAUUCACCCACCUGUCAGCUACACACGACCAUCACCACCCGCACCCACCAUCACCAGCAGCAGCCACCCACGAUGUCCCGCCACGCCCGCAUCGAAGAGAUCGAAGACUCCGACCCGGAAGAAGUCGACAUUUCCAGCCUGGACGCGCCCGACCUUCCCAUCGCAGGGAGCACCUUCCAGCCCGGCCGCCACAUCGUCCCGCCGACACCUAGCAGCAGCGUUCCACGACGCGCCCCUUCCGCCCCUUCCGCCCCUUCCUCCGCCCCCCUAUCCUCAUCGAGCCUCCUCAGCCCAGACCUCCUCUCCAACCCCGCGGCUUUCCUCUCGCCAGGACAAACUCCCUACCUCCCCGCCUCGGCGGCCGCAGACUACAAGUCGUUCCAUUGCGUGUACCCGGUCUACUUCGACAGCACACGAACACGGGCGCAGGGGCGGCGGGUUGCGGCGUCCAAGGCGGUGGCGAGUCCGCUCGCACGCGAGAUUGCGGACGCAUGUGGUGCCCUCGGCCUGCAGACGGUGUUUGAACCCGGCAAGACACAUCCGAAGGAUUGGUGUAAUCCGGGACGCGUUAGGGUCCAGCUCGAGGGGGCGGGGAGGAAUAAGUUCUCGCUCCUCGACGCCAUCUCCGCGUACCUGCGCACGCACCCUACGGUGCCGUCAACGCCGCUAAAGCUCCGGAUCCCGAAUGUUCCGUACGACGGCAAGCCGCCCCCGGCGCCGAUCGUGCCGCGGGGCUGGAAGAUGGGCGCCAUCCUGCCGCUGCACAGUCCUGCGCUGCCAGGCCCCGGCGUCAGCGACGACGUGUUCAAGGAUAUGAUGGAGGAUAUGAUGGGCGGGAUGAUGGGUGGAGCUGGGGGUGCGGGAGGAGGAGGGGCGCAGGCGGCUCAGGCGGCGCAGGCUAUGGCCGCCCUUGGGGCGGCGCAGCAGCCAGCUGGGCAGGGAGAGAAGAGGGAGAAGAAGGAGAAGAAGAAGGGGAAGAGGUAGUGGGUUUGCCGCAGUAGGAAUUUGCUUCUUUCUCGGGCGUUGGGAGGUUGGUAAUGAGCGAAUAAACCAGUACAGUGCCCACCUGUAGACAUCGUACCCACUACAUACAUCACGGCUUCACAACGAGCGAGUAUCGAUACCAUCAACAGCAACAGUCUCCCCUCUCCCGAGUGAUCAUAACCCCCAUGGAUAAAAAUGCGGCAGGAGCUAUGUAAGGUACUUAGGAAUACAGACUUCAGACGGGGUACAACACCCCGCACGACAACGACACAAG